AUGCACUUCCUUCAGGGCCACCAUCCAAUGAUCAUAGAUGGGUAUUGGAUCUGGGAGAUUGGCAACGUCCCAUCGGGUCCCGCAUCCCUCGACAUCAGGCUGGACAUGCUCCUCUUUGACCCUUCUUCUGAUGAUCUCCCGCAGCAUCAACCCACCGAGAUCCAGAUCGAUCAGUGUCUACGAGACAAGACCAGCCCUUUGUACAAGCACUUGAGAGCCAGGUAUUGGCAACUCAUUCUGCCACUUGUCCGAGCAAAAUACGAGUCAACUCGGAAGCGCUAUGCUCAAAGUCCCUUUGUAGCAUAA